AUGUCGACUCCGGCGAGCGACGCGUCCAGCAGCAGCGUCACGGACAGCGGUACCGAUGUGUCCACGCCGCCGAACUCUCCUACCACUAAACGUGGCGACGCGCCGGCUCGACCGGCCGCUGCAGCAUCAUCGGCAUCAUCCGUGUCGACGCCGUCUCCUCCUCCGAACCUACCGGCGCGUCGACCGUCCGUGGUCCCUGUGGGGCGUCAGGCCGCGAUCCAUGCUACCCCCACGGCCCCGAGGCGCAAGCGUAAGGCAACACCUCCGCGUAGACGUCCGAGCAGCCCAACAACAGCAACGCAGACCGUCAAAAGAAGGAGGAAACCCGGUGAGGUGGCGCUACGAGAGAUCCGAUUGCUUCAGCGCUCCACAAAGCUAUUACUACGAAAACUGCCGUUCGCUCGUGUAGUACGAGAGAUACAGACGGAGUUCACAGGUGUGGGUUACCGCUGGCAGGCUGAGGCACUGCUGGCGCUACAGGAAGCAGCAGAGACGUACCUUGUCCGCACCUUCGAAGAUGCAAACUUGUGCGCUAUUCACGGCAAGCGCGUGACGCUGCAGGUGAAAGAUAUUCAGCUGUCCUUGCGAAUUCGUGGUAUUCGACCGACUGCAUCAUAA